AUGCCUCUGUAAUAAUAGGGCGUAUGCCUUUCUCCAUCUCCUGCCGACAAAUCACUGCAGUGGAUACAUGCACAAUUUCAUUGGAGAAAUUAAAGUCUUUUUCAAAUUCGGAGGGUAACUAUUUGAAUUUGUAACUUAAGCAGUUCAACCAUGCGUGAAAUUGUGCACAUACAAGCGGGCCAAUGCGGUAAUCAGAUCGGAGCAAAGUUUUGGGAGGUGAUCUCCGACGAACACGGCAUCGACCCGACCGGUACCUACCAUGGCGACUCUGAUCUCCAGCUCGAGCGUAUCAACGUCUACUACAAUGAGGCUACCGGCGCCAAGUACGUUCCACGAGCCGUGCUCGUCGAUCUCGAGCCAGGCACCAUGGACUCGGUCCGUUCCGGUCCCUUUGGUCAGAUCUUUAGACCAGACAACUUCGUCUUUGGCCAGAGCGGAGCAGGGAACAACUGGGCCAAGGGACACUACACAGAAGGCGCUGAACUCGUAGAUUCUGUGCUCGAUGUUGUCAGAAAAGAAGCAGAGAGCUGUGACUGUCUUCAGGGAUUCCAGCUUACACACUCACUUGGUGGAGGCACUGGUUCCGGCAUGGGAACCCUUCUGAUCAGCAAGAUCCGUGAGGAAUACCCUGACCGCAUCAUGAACACAUUCAGUGUGGUCCCAUCUCCUAAGGUAUCAGAUACUGUUGUCGAACCAUACAAUGCUACACUAUCCGUCCACCAGCUAGUCGAGAACACUGAUGAGACAUUCUGCAUCGACAACGAAGCCCUGUACGACAUCUGCUUCCGUACCCUGAAGCUCACCACACCCACCUAUGGUGACUUGAAUCAUCUUGUGUCGGCAACCAUGAGCGGUGUCACAACCUGCCUCAGGUUUCCUGGACAGUUGAACGCAGAUCUGCGUAAACUAGCGGUCAACAUGGUUCCCUUCCCCCGUCUCCAUUUCUUCAUGCCUGGUUUUGCACCUCUGACAAGCCGUGGCAGCCAGGAAUACCGUUCCGUCACCGUACCCGAGCUAACACAGCAGAUGUUCGACGCCAAGAACAUGAUGGCAGCCUGUGAUCCUCGUCACGGUCGCUACCUCACCGUUGCCGCAAUCUUCCGUGGCCGCAUGUCCAUGAAGGAGGUUGACGAACAGAUGCUCAAUGUCCAGAACAAGAACAGCAGCUACUUCGUCGAAUGGAUCCCAAAUAAUGUCAAGACUGCUGUCUGUGACAUCCCUCCCCGAGGUCUCAAAAUGGCAGCCACCUUCAUCGGCAACAGCACCGCCAUCCAGGAACUCUUCAAGCGCAUAUCGGAGCAGUUUACUGCUAUGUUCAGACGAAAGGCCUUCCUCCAUUGGUACACUGGUGAGGGCAUGGACGAGAUGGAGUUCACUGAGGCUGAGAGCAACAUGAAUGACUUGGUGUCUGAGUACCAGCAGUACCAAGACGCCACCGCCGAAGAGGAGGGCGAGUUCGAAGAGGAGGCAGAGGAGGAGGAAGCAUGAGCACAA